UUUCAGAUCAGUACCCUAAUUUCUGGUAUGGGAAAUGCAGUUUUGACACCUUGUUUUGUGCAGCAAAACCCUACUUCAUCGUCGUCUUCUUCAAUAAAACUUGUCUUCUGCGAAGGCACGACGAGGUUCCUGACGGGAAAACACGUCGCUAGCGAGAUCAUGUUCGAGUUCCCGGACAAGAUGGUAUGCCACGCUGACUCCUUCUUCAUGGGCCUCCCGGUGCCGUCGUUAGCCAUAGACGACGAGCUCAUGCCAGGCCAAACCUAUUUCAUUCUUCCCAUAGAUCGUUCAGCAUGCAAGGCCCUCUCGCCGGCAUGGCUCGCAGUCCUAGGUUCAUCAUCAACUUGCCCUAAUAAAACCAGUAAGCCGUCGUCGUCGUCACCAUGUCCGAUCAAGUUUGGAGAGAACCCUAGUCCUUUUGAGUACAUAAAGGGCUCCAAUGGGAGGGUUCUGAUAAAGGUGAAGCCUGAGUUCAUCACGAGGCUUAUUAAUGGAAAUAAUGACAAAGAAACAGAUCGUAAUGGUGAUAUUAACUAUAGCUUUCUGUGUAGUACUCCCGAGUUGAAGAAGCACUAUGAUCAGCUUGUGAGGUCUAAGGAUCAGCAUUGGUCACCCAAGCUUGAGACCAUUUCGGAGUACAAGGUUAGGUUUUCGCCAUGCAGGUUCUUGGGCUUAGAAUGGAAAGAAAAAGAGAAAAAUAAAUUCCGAGGCCACAAAUUCCCGAUACUUCUUCGCACUCCUGGCUCCAGUCCUCGCCGUUCCGUCCCCGUUGCUGUCGUCGGCGUCGGUGUCCCCAGCUUCCGUGGCACUGCUUUUAGCCUUUCACCGUAUUCUCCUGUUAGUACUCGUCUUCCAUCCUUCAAUCUAUCACGUGAAUCAUCACUUCGGUAA